GCCCCGCGUCCAGAGCCCCGCCAGCAGGCGAGCGCUUCCCGGUGGCCGGGCUCCCGCGGCGGCAGCAUGGCCACGCCGAGUGCCCGGGAGGGCGGCUGCGAGCCCCCGCCCCGGCCGAAGCAGCCCGCCAAAUCUGAAGGGUAUAUAUCCAGACUUAAACAACUCGUGAAACAUGAAGCAGAGAAAAAUAAAUCUCAGUGGAAAACUAUUGGGCCAGCAAAAGUUGCCGUGCCAUCUCCAAAUGAUUUUCUGCAGAAACAUUCCAAGGAACCCAAGGUAGCACCAAAAAAAAAUGAAGAGGAUGGUAAAAAAUUGCUUCCAUUGUCAGUGCCACCCAGGACAUACCACCCAGUUACUCACAUUAAAAAGAAUUUUAUAAAUAAAAAUGCACUUGCUGUUAUGACAGGGGAGCCUAAAAAGCCUCGACAUUUUUGUGUUGAUACAAGACAGGGAGAUAAAUAUCUCCUUGAACCUUCAGGACUUUAUCCAAAAUACAUUAAAAAAAAGAACUAUGGUGUUUUACCAAAAUAUGUGAUACAGAGAAAUGAAGAAAUGAAGAGAGAGGAGGAAGAAUACCAGGCCAGUAUUUUGGAGCAACUGAAGAAGAAAGCCAUGAAAGCUCUAUCUGAAGAAGAAAGGACAAAUGUUCUGAAGGCACUGAAAAAGAACUGGGAAGAAAUAAAUCAUGCAUAUCAGGGUCUUCCAAUAGUAACAGACACCAUGUACAAGAGGAUGCAUAAAGAAGAGCUGGAAUUAAAGCUGAAACAACUGGAGCAUGACAUAGCAGCAAUUGAGAAGCACAAAACUGUCUACAUUGCAAAUGUGUAAGGACUGUUGUUCAGAUACUGCCUCUUUCCUCCUUUUUCUCUGUCCCCUCUUCUCCAAGAAGUGCCUCUCUAACUUCUCAGAAGAUGCUACUGUCAACUAUUUAGAAGAAAAUAUUCAACUAAGUAUGUAGCAACUUAGAAAAGUUGUUACAUAUAACUCUUAUCUGUACAAUUCCCCAAACAUUUUGAAAUAAAUUGCUUAACUAAA